AUGGAUGUAGCUGGCGCACUUGCUGCAGUUCCCAAACGGCAUGCUGAUGGUGGUGGUGUCGGUGGUGUUGGAGAUGGGCAGGGCCACGAUGGUCACGUCCUCACAGGCCUGAUGGACCACCUGCGGCAGCUUGCCUCCGAUUCCUCUGACUGGAAUGUCUCCUUCAGGAUUCCCCGUGUGGCUUUUGAUAAAGCCACUCUUCCUCUUGUCUUUGAAGCACAGAGAAUCAGAUACGACUACAACACCGAUUCAGAGAUCCUCACCAUCAUGCUUGAAAGUGGCGCUCAUGCACGUACAGGCAUCCUGCUCCAGAAAUUGCUCGAGUCAGGCCUCAGCAAAGUAGCCGACCAGCUAGAAGCCGACCAGCUAGAAGCCGACCAGCUAGAAGCUUCAGCAGCAGAAACAGCAGCAGCAGCAGCAGGCCAUUGUCGAAGCCACGAACUCGGCGGGGAUAUGAAUGGUCUUGUCACCACAGCCAAGGAUCAGAUUUCAGAGCAUGGGCAUGAGGACAACAAGGAGAAACGGCAGCAGCACGACCGGAACGAGCUCCGUGCAUUCCUGGCAGACGUCAGGCUCAUGGGCCCAGGCGCCGUCAAGCUCGCCAGCGGCUCCUUCAAGAGCCCCGACGGCUCCUUCACCCAGCACCCAGCAAAGUGCCCAACCGUCAUCUGCCUAGUCGCCCUGUCGCAGUCCUGGGACGCCGUGCUAGAGGAGGCUGAAGCCUACCUCCUCGGGCUGUACCCUGCGCUGCGCAAGGUGUUGGUCCUCAAGAUGCACCACGUCUCGCCCAACCAGGUGUUGGUGGGAGGCGACGUCCGCGUUGCUGCCAUGGCCCCUAUGCUGUCGGAGAAGAGCGCCUCCUCUAACCAAAGGGCGCUUGAGGCUACGACGGUGGUCGACAAGUUCGUGCAGAAAGACGGCCGCAUGUGCUGCAGCGACAUCGACGGCAACGACGGUCAGACCGAUAUUUCCUUUGCGCUCGAAGACUUUGCCAACAUGGACAGCCACGCCAGCAUAGCGCGCCUCAAGCAGACGGUCCGUCUGCCCAUCUCCCACCUCCAGGAGCUGGUCCGCGACAUCGAGAAGAGCUUUGGAGAUGCACCGCCCGCCGAGACAACACCCCUCGACCCUGUCAGCGAUCCGGCCAUCCUAAUAAAGCACAAGUAUCGACGUCCGACGCGGUAG